CUGCUUCACGAUUAGGUGGCAUGAUAAGCCUACGCACAUUUAGAUAUUCCCCCGGUAAUGGUUAACAUGUAAUGUAGGCCUCGUUUUUGAAAAGGUACUAUUGAGUCGAACAACAACAGCACUAGGAGGCAAUCACGCACCAAAAGACAACGCACAGCCUGCGUGGAAGACCUCGUCCCACGAAUGUACACAGAGCGUGUUGUGAGGCGCAGUCUUUUCAUAUUUACAUAACAUAACUGGUUAUGGAACCUGUAUUAGAAAACGAUUCACAAAAAGUCACGCAGUAGGACUCAUAGGCUACAUCAAACUACACCACAGUUAUCUCGUGUGGCCAGCUCUAGCCCUUCAUGUCCUAAGGCCGACUGCUUUUCUUGUGGAUAAGUAGGCUAUAGGCUAAACUAAAAUGUAGACCAACUUACUUCAAUUGUAUUGCCUUUUACCCCCGCUACAGCGGAAUAGUCUACCUGGGACUUUGUCACUACAACGGAGGUGUUGAAGGAGUUCCAGCACCUGGGAGUUUGGAUCGAAGGCUACCUUCCUACCUCGAGGUGGAUGGGAUGCACACCGUCCGAUGAGGAUUCCUGCUGGAUUUGAAAACUUAAAUGAUUUGUUUUAAAAAAAACAAAAAUGCCUCCACUGACGCUGUGUUAACGUGACCCAACUUUCUAUCAUCGUUAAGUCCCGCCGUAUUUCGAUUCACGUCUGAAGAUGAGGAUUCCUACGUCGGGCCAAGGGAGCGCACUGCUCACUCUGCUGUCGGCUAUUGGGGUGCUGGUGGUCUCGGAGUCGGGCUUUGUGGAGCCCCCCGAGCCGGUCUUCGCUCUACUCUCGCUGGCGGAGGACAAGACCCGGUUGCCGUGUCGCUACGUGGUGGAGGCGGGCGAGAAGGUGGUGCAGGUCACGUGGUACAAGGAGCUGACGGACGGCUCCAGGGAGCAGAUCAUCACCGCCCACUUCUCAGAGGGACACACGGAGUUCGGCCGCUACUCCGGCAGGGUGAGGUUCGAGCACGGCGUUCCCACGGAGAACUCGGCGCUCCUCAUCCCCCACACGGAAGAGUCAGACGAGGGGAGCUACACCUGCCAGGUCACCACCUUCCCGUCGGGGAACUUGGAGCGGAGGAUCGCCCUCACCGUCUGGGUCCUCCCCAUCUCGUCCCUGGAGCCCGUGGCGCUGGUGGAGGGCGAGCCGUACGGGGUGGCGGCGUCGUGCCGCGCCGUGGGCCGCCCCGCCCCCACCCUCUCCUGGGACACGGAGCUGCCGGGGAAGCCCCUGGGCCGCGCCUCGGAGGGGGGGGGCGUCUCCAGCCACUUCUCGCUGCACCCGCUGCGCAGCAUGAACGGCCAGCGGCUGGACUGCCUGGUGGCGCACCCCGCCCUGAAGCAGCCGCGCAGGCACGCCCACCGCCUGCUGGUGCAAUACCCCCCCGACGCUGCCAUCUCCAGCGGGGUGAAGGAGUGGGUUGACGGGGCGCAGAACGCCGAGCUGACCUGCAGCAGCGGAGGGAACCCCGAGCCGGGGAACGUCACCUGGACGCGGAAGGGCGGGGCUUUGCCAGACGGCGUGACGGUAAUCGGUGGAAAACUAGUUUUCGGGCGACCCAUCAGAAUGAACGACAGCGGCACCUACGAGUGUGUGACCAAGAACACUGUGGGAGCGGCCACAACAGAAAUCACUCUGGAUAUAGCAGGGCAAUCGAAGCAGAGCGAGGAGGAGGGCAAACACAACCUGAUGCUGACCAUCGUGGGCGCGGCGGCCGGAGGCCUGGUUCUGGUGAUGGUGCUGGUCAUCCUGCUGGUCAACCACCACCACCGCCGCAAGAACAGGAAGCUGGCGCUGGAGCUGAGCGAGAGGACCGAGGAGAUGAACACCCUCUCCAGAACCGCGUCGGGCCGCCGGCUGAACAGUCCCGACGACUACGCUCUGCUUAGAGUCGACAGCAGAAUCAAGAGCAGCCAAGCGUCUCUGCAGGACCGUCCGAUCUACAAGGGCAGCCAGUCCACCCUGGGCGGCAGGUGGGGCCCGGGCCCCGACGUGGAGGUGGACGAGCUGGGCCGGCCCGUGCUCUGGUCCGACAGCCGGGACGGGCUCAGGAGGACGGAGGCGGACGGGGAGAAGGAGGAGCGCCGACGCAGGGUGGAGUCGUACCUGAAGAACAGCAACAUGUCGCUGGACUCUGGCCUGCCGUCCUCCCUGGUCCCCAUGAAGCCCCCGCCGGACGACGGCCUGGGCCCCAGAGAGCAGGAGCCCGGCAGCCCCGCGGGGGAGGCCGGCACGCCCACGGAGCCGGACUGGGAGCCCCACCCGGCGACGCCCGAGGGGGAGGAGGAGGGGGAGGAGGAGGAGGAGGGGGAGCAGGGGGAGGAGGGGGACAGCAGCAGCAGCAGCUUCCAGAUCUCCGAGGCGCUCACCAACCACUUCUACUACAGCAACGGCGUGCUCCGCCCCAAGCCCCACUCCAACGCCAUCCUACUGCACCCCCGGGGCCAGGUCAUCUAGAGGCUCGGCUCCUCUGGUCGCCACGACGACGAUGGGCGGCCCUCGAGUUCUUGUGGGUCAAGGCCGGCCGGUGGCCUGAGGAACUGAACGAUUCCUUUUGUUCCCGAGACUGUAAAUCCAGCGGCGAUUAUUAGUGUAUGAAAGCGUGAAACCCUAACAUUGCCCAAAAUGGGCGUUAUGGACGAGCAAUAGCCAAGUGUGGGCAAGCAUCAGGCAGGGUCUCUGUUGGUCGCUGCUUCUAUCAGCUUUAAGUAAUGAACCGUUUUGACCGUGUGAUGAAACUGAACUACGAGGUCUGAAAUCCAACAGCAGCUGGAGCAUAUAAUCCCUGUGCACUCAUCAAUUUAAAAAAAAAAAUGUAGGUAAGUAUUCACUGUGGUGUUGGCUGUGCACAAAGUUAACAAAGAGACUUCAAUUUGGUUCAUGCAAAGAGAAGGUGGACAAGUGCCAAAGCCCCAAACUACCUGUGUGUAUCCUCUCUCAGACGGGUCUCUGGAAGUCUCCUUCGUAGUAAUAGCAGGUUCUACCCUGUCAGCUGCUGAGAGCUUGAGUCAAAUGUAUUUUUAAAGCCCGUUUCAACCAUAAGUUCCAAAGAGUUUGAUAGGCCCUUGUUGGGAUCAGAUGGGCCCCAUAAACCUUGGCUCGCAAAUAUAUAUAUAUAUAUUUUAUUUUUUUGAUAUCCGGGGGGGAGGGGGGGAACCUGAAAUUGCAUGUUCAGCUUGUGGUUAAAAAACCCACUCAACACACAUUAUGAGGGUGUUUUGAGUGGGUCUGCUAGAGGCCUCGUGUCCCAUCAAGGAUGAAGAGUCAGUAAGAAUGCAACAGAGGUCUAUAUCGUCACUCUGUUACUGGAGAGAAAAAAGGAUCACUCUAACGAAGCUGUUCAACCAAUGGAUCAUUCUGAUUAUUACCCACUGAACUCUUCGGCCGUGUACAGUCUAUUCUUCAGAGGUCAGACAAGCCGUGGAGCGGACUAUCCCGGUUUGGUUUCUACCGAUGCACUACCGUAGUAAACUAGGUCAGAAGCUGACCUCCGAGAUACCUUUUGUAAAUAUUGUGGUAAGCAUUUGAAAGUGUGAUGUCACUGAUGGCAUUGAAAUGUUUACUUAAAGUAUAGUAAGGACAAAAAAAUAUUUGUAAAUGUUUAUUUUUUAGUUAAAAAUGGCAGAUAAAGAACGUGAACAUAUGAUUUAGUCCUGUGAGGACAAUAAAAUGUGAAAACCAAUUGUUGACAUUCUAUUCGUAAUAGAAAAUAUUUGACAUUUGGUGACUUCUUGAUUUUUGACCGAGUUGAGCAAUUAGUAAUGAAACAAUGUAAUCAACAAAUCCAAGCAGGACAUUGAUUGAAUAAUUGUGGUAAUGGUCAUUAGGCACCAAUUCAUGGGUUUUCGAACUAUGCCUUACACUCGUCCUGAAUUUCCUGAAGUGGUUUUCUGAGACUUAGUGGGGUUGUCUCCACUGUAACCAAUUAUGAAGAAGAAAAAGAUUCCGCGAGUCAUGUUGCGCUCUGAAUAUUUAUAAAGCCCAUGUUUUUUUUUUUUAAGUGUUUAAAAAACUGCACACUAUACUUAAAUAUCAAAAGGCAGAAUACAAACUUUUCAUACUGGUGUCGCCAGGGUUGUUUAAUGUUGCCAGCUUUUGCCUAAGAUUCUGUUGCAAUAAUUAUAUUAUAUUAUUCAUGCCAAGCAACCAACAGACCCUGAAUACUUAAUCUUUAUUUUUUAAGCGGCCAGGGAUUCAGGGUCUGAUAACAGGCCCAUUUUGAUCCCCAGUUCAGUCAACGUCAAUUAAUCUGCCAUCGAUUCAGAUUCAACUGUAGUAUAGAACAAUCAAAUGAAACCAAAACACUAAACAAACUUCUGUAGUGUCACAUAAUUUCAGCCAAUCAGGACUAGGUGUUUCACCUAGUCGAGGCGUGAAGGAGGAUUAUUAUUGGAUGCUUAUUAUUAGCAUCCGGUCAGCUUCGGCCCCCCCCCUCACUACAGGAAAAUUCCGAUCUCUUUCUUAGUGUGUGAGAGCUGUGUGUGUCCGACUGUCCGUAAGUCAGCUUCGGCCCCCCCCCUCACUACAGGAAAAUUCCGAUCUCUUUCUUAGUGUGUGAGAGCUGUGUGUGUCCGACUGUCCGUAAGCCAACCCCGGUGAAACACCUAACAAGUAAGAGGAUAAUAAAGUCCCUCUUUCUCGCUACCAUCCACACCCAAGAACCCGUGUCCUUCCUCUGGGAACAAGGUGACGUCUCACCAAAGGAGGUGGUGUCCCUCCUUGAGGUCUGAUGCGUAGCCCUGUGCUCCCUCACUCAGAGCUGAGGAUUCAAUUCUGCGCUGAGCGAAUGAUGGAAGUAUUCUUUGUGAGUCCGUUGGUGAGUGCGGAGGUUACUCCGCUGGGAGAAGCACCGCCCGCACACGGUACACGUGUACGGUUUCUCCCCCGUGUGGAUACGCUGGUGCAUCUCGAGGUGGCUGCUGCGGUCGAAGCUCUUGCCACAGAACGGGCAUAUGAACCACUUCUCCCUCACGCGACAGUUCUUCAAAGCCCUGAUUUGCAUCAGGUCGUACUGAUUGCUCGGACAAUUUUUAUCCGUGGGCACCAGUCCCAUGACCUGGACGUCCAUAGGCUGUCCCGGCUCCGUGUCAUUCAUCCGAUCUAUGUAUCCCGUCUCUGAUUGGUUAUUGUCAAGACUGUCCAGGGCAUUUUGAAUGAACUUCAUUUCCUUGUCCAGACUUUCCGAAAACUGCUGCGGUCUGAAGAUGCAAUCGGAGUCGUCUGUGUCAUUGCUGUCUGCGAUGGAAACGGACGACCAGCGCUGUCUGUCCUUGUCUUCCAUAGCGCCAUCGGCCGCUUGAAAGUCCGCCUCGGUCGCCGUCUGAUUGGAACCGUAGUCCGAAUUGUGUUCCAUGUCCUGUUCCAGAUCCCCCAUUUGGAUAGCGUCCUCCACAGCCUCUUCCUUUAGUUCAGCCACACGCGAAUCUACGAACUCUUCCUUUAGUUCAAAAACACUCAACUCAUCGUCGGCUUCAUUGGAGCUCCAAGAGCCGUGAAGCUCCGACUGUCUUUCCUCUCUCUGCGUGGGAGGGGGGGUGAUCUCUAAUAUGUCCGCAGUGUCUCUGGUAAUUGGCAGUGAUUGUUUAGUUUGAAUCAGAACAGAAAUGGGCCCUGAGGAGAGAAAAGAUGCAUUUUCUUAGAAUAAGACACAAUGGACAACAAUAAAAGUACAUUUUAUAAAGAUAUGUGGUUAUUAUCGCACAUUUAUUUAUGGCUACUUAAAACGUAUACACACAUAUUUUAAUUAUUUACAACUAAAGCAAGUAGCUUGUAUGAAGUAAUAAUUACUAGAUAGAUCAGUCUACCAGCCUACCAAGU